AUGGCUAUGUACGCAUUAGCUAUAACCCCACUAAUCAAAAGAUUAAAGGAACAAGCUCCCAAUGCAAGUCAGGUAUGGUUUGCAGACGAUUCCAGUGCAGCAGGAAGAUUAAGAGCCCUCAGGGUUUGGUGGCAGCGCUUAACAAUACUUGGCCCCGAAUUUGGCUAUUUUCCAAAUGCAAGCAAGACAACAAUGGUAGUCAAAGAGGAGUUCUUUGAUCAAGCGAAGGAUUUAUUCAAGGAAACUGGCAUCAAGAUUACCACUGAUGGUCAUAAAAUACUUGGUGCUGCCUGUAUUGUAAUGUCUAUAAAUCUCUCUCUUAAAUCACAAAUACGCGCUGGUUUGAAGGACACAACUUGUUUACUUGAAAAAUAUAUGAAUACAUUUUGUUACAUAGAAACUCCACCCACUUUACACCAGUCUAUCAUAAAUGUCAAUUAUUAA